CUCUGACACUUAACACUAUAUUCAGCUAUCUGGAGCUAGCUUAAAUCUCCAUGGAUGAGCUUUCUUUCCAUAAACUUUAUAUUUCAGUGUAGAUUUAGAUUUGCAAGAAAGGUGUAGAGAUAACAUAGAAUUCCACUGAUGAAAUUUCGUAUCUCACUCUUGUUUCCUUUUCUGAAGUUAUUACUUGCCCGUGUUUGGCAAAUUUCUACUCUUCUUCUAGAUUCAAUCUUGAUUUCUAUUCCUGGGCUGUGCUGAAUUACCCCAAGAGUAGAAGAGACACAUGCUCAGUGUUCCAUCAAAGCAGGGUGUCAAUAGUUAAUGAGCCAGGGAAUUUAAUAAAUCCCUUCAAAGGGAGGAAAACCAGAACUUUGUGGUUCUUCCUUAAACUAAUUUAUGUUCUAGUUAAUUUUUAAUUACUUGGCUGAACUUUUCGUGCCCCUGGAUUGUCAGGAACUCUCUCCUUUGCUUCCAUUUUCUUAUAUACUGUUGUCUACAAAUUGGACUGAACUCCCCCAAAAUGGCAAUGUCAGGAAAAACAACCAAAAAUGCCUGUGGGCUAUUGUAGAUUUUAAAAGACUAGAGAGAACUGAAUACAAGUAUGAAACUUAAUUGUAUCCUGAAUGAAAACAAGCCCCAGGUAUUUAAAAAAAAAAAAAAGGGGGGGGGGGGAGAAUGGACAACUUUAAAUAUGAGAUGAUAUUAUUGAAUAAUUAAUUUUCUUAGGUGCCUUAACGGUAUUUUGGUGAUAUAGAGGAUGUCCUUCUUAGGAAAUGCAUGCUAAGAUAUUCUUGAUGUCUGCAAUUUACUUUCAAAUGAUUCAGUGAGAAUAAAAGUGCUUGUGCACCUUGAAGGGGAGAGAGAGAGAGAGAUGAAGGAAGAAAAUGUGGCAACAUGUUGACACUUAUUGCAUCAAGGUGAUGGCCAUUAUUCUUACCAAAAAAGCGUGUGUGAACAGAGUCUGUCUUGCCCAUUGGACUAACGUGGUUAGAUUAGGUUAGGUUAGGGCCCAUCUUAUGUCAGGAGCGUUCUAGCAGCUCGAUAACUUCAACUGCUCCAAAAUAAAGCAAACAAACAAACAAACAAACAAACAAAUAAUUGUAAUUCUUUUUGUCACAUCCCCUUCCUUCCUUUACUACUCGCCUUCCUUGAUUCCUCUGAGACCCAGACAACUGGGAGAGACUGCUGUCCCUCGGCGCUCUCCGUAGAUAAGCGAACCCUCAUUGGCUGGGCGCGCCCACGUCUUAGUGCUGUGCCGCCGCGUUUUUCGAGGAGUACGGGUUCAGGGUCCGUUUUCGGUGGUCGCCCCGACUCAGGCUGUUGGCACAAAUGGCUCAGAAACCGCUGCGCCUCUUGGCUUGUGGAGAUGUUGAAGGAAAGUUUGAUGUUUUAUUCAAUAGAGUUCGAGCAAUUCAGAAGAAAAGUGGAAACUUUGACCUGCUGUUGUGUGUAGGAAAUUUCUUUGGCUCCACUCCAGAUGCUGAAUGGGAGGAGUAUAAAACUGGCAUCAAGAAAGCUCCUAUUCAGACAUAUGUGCUGGGUGCUAAUAACCAGGAAACAGUAAAAUAUUUCCAAGAUGCUGAUGGGUGUGAAUUAGCUGAAAACAUUACUUAUCUGGGUCGUAAAGGUAUCUUCACUGGAAGCUCGGGGCUGCAGAUUGUGUACCUCAGUGGGACAGAGUCCGUAGAUGAGCCAGUCCCAGGUUACAGUUUUAGUCCCAAGGAUGUGUCUUCCCUGAGGACAAUGCUGUGUUCAACAUCCCAGUUUAAGGGUGUUGAUAUCUUGCUCACAUCCCCAUGGCCCAAGUAUGUGGGGAACUUUGGGAAUUCUUCUGGAGAAGUGGAUACCAAAAAAUGUGGCUCUGCUUUGAUCUCCGGUCUUGCCACAGACUUGAAACCAAGAUACCAUUUUGCUGCUUUGGAAAAGACCUAUUAUGAGAGACUUCCCUAUCGAAACCACAUCGUUCUGCAGGAAACCACACAGCAUGCCACCAGGUUCAUAGCUUUGGCAAGUGUUGGAAAUCCCGAAAAGAAAAAGUAUCUUUAUGCAUUCAGUAUUGUUCCUAUGAAACUAAUGGAUGCAGCAGAACUGGUAAAACAGCCUCCUGAUGUUACUGAAAACCCUUACAGAAAAUCUGGGAAGGAAGCAUCCAUGGGAAAGCCAAUUCCUGCCCCAGAGGAAGAAUCAGCCUGUCAGUUUUUCUUUGAUUUAAAUGAAAAGCAGGGAAGGAAGCGUUCAUCUACAGGCAGAGAUAGCAAGUCUUCUCCUCACCCAAAGCAGCCUCGCAAACCUCCUCAGCCUCCAGGACCUUGCUGGUUUUGCCUUGCCAGCCCUGAAGUGGAAAAGCACUUGGUGGUCAACAUUGGCACACAUUGCUACCUUGCCCUGGCCAAAGGAGGCUUAUCUGAUGACCACGUCCUCAUCCUACCCAUUGGGCACUACCAGUCAGUGGUGGAGCUUUCAGCUGAGGUGGUGGAAGAGGUGGAGAAGUACAAGGUGACACUGAGGCGGUUCUUUAAGAGUCGAGGGAAACGGUGUGUUCUGUUUGAGAGAAAUUAUAAGAGCCAUCACCUCCAGCUACAGGUCAUUCCUGUGCCACUCAGCCGCUGCACUACUGAUGACAUUAAAGAUGCCUUCGUUACCCAGGCAGAGCAACAACAGAUAGAACUGUUGGAAAUCCCAGAACACUCUGACAUCAAGCAGAUUGCACAGCCAGGAGCAGCAUAUUUUUAUGUUGAACUUGACACAGGAGAGAAGCUUUUCCAUAGAAUUAAAAAGAAUUUUCCUUUGCAGUUUGGAAGGGAGGUACUGGCCAGCGAAGCCAUCCUUAAUAUUCCUGACAAGUCUGACUGGAGGCAAUGUCAGGUCAGCAAGGAAGAGGAGGAGAUGCUGGCUCGCCGCUUCCGGAAAGACUUUGAGCCUUUUGACUUUACUCUGGAUGACUAAGCAAAGGGAAAAGGCACUUUAUGACCUUGACAGGAAGUAGUAGUAGCCUGUUUUUAAAAGAACUUACAGUCUCCCAUGGGGACUGUUUCUCUGCCUCUUUUUUGUGCAUUCCCAUGGAACCUACCUGCAGCAAGAGGCCUAAGAUUGAAUAUUUUUUUGAAAAUAUUUCUAGGAUGAAAAUCCUGUGUUAAAAUAAGCAUGUCUGUCUUCCUGCUCCAAGUACAGCUUGUGUUAAUCAGCAUUUUCAAAACCAUUUAAACUAUCAAAUAAAAUCCAAAUGCUUUUCCAUGA